AUGGGUCUGAAAAUGGCUGAAUACCAACAAUUUCCAGUAGCCGAUUACGACUACUUCGCAAGGCCCGACCCUGUUUCUGUUCCGAAAACCGACCCUGACUUCCUUCCCUAUUGGGCUCGCUGUCGCGUGCAGUGCGCUCAGAACCUUUUGGACUCCUCCGACGAGCCGAUCGAAUACGACGAGAACGACGAGGACUAUAGUGAUAACUGCUUCUUCUUUCCGGAGGAUUGCUCGUGGACUCCGCCCAAGGACUGGUCCGUAGAAGCGCAUUGCAGACCAUCAAGGGAUCUCCCGACCAUUCAACUACAAUUACCUACACCAGCCGCACAAUACGAAUCCGACAUCAUGAUUCCCGGACUCCCUGAUAUCAAAAUGCUGGACUCAGAGGCGCUAGGCGACCUUCUAGAAGAUAACCUCUCCCCACCAGAGAUCACAACCAUCCUUGUCUUCGCAACCAACGGCGCAGUCUUCGCCUACAGCUCAACCCUAACAUCCCGCCAACUCCGCAACCUAAGCGCAACCUACGGCGCCGCCUACACAUGCUACGCCAAAACCGCCUCAAGCGGCAACCUAACAGGCGUAAACCCAGCAAGCCAUCCCUCCUCCUACGUGACCGCGCAAUCAAUGUCCCUAGGCGACGUAGGCUCCAUCGUCUUCGAACUUGACGAUUCAGUCGCAGUAGUAACGCGCAUCGCGGACAGAGUGCUCCUAGCAGCUGUGGGCCCGUCCAAAAGCACAGCAAAUGGCGACGAGCAUGACGACACAAAUGGGAAUGGGAAUGGGAAUGGGGCCAUUUCAGAUGGAUCGGGAGAUGGUCUACGUACGCCGACGAACCCAAACCCAGGCUCGGCUAAUGGGCUUGAUGCACAACAUGAGAUUGAUCGAAGUGCGGAUCUGGAGAGGUUGAAGAGUUUGAACUUGUCGGCCGAGCCGGCUGUUUUGCUUGCGUUGGAGUCGAAGUGUGCGGCGUUGGGGAGGUUUCUUGGGCAAAAAUUGAGCGACUUGGAGAGUCCGGAGGACUUCUGA